AUGCAGGCAAUCAUAUAUGUGAUUGACAAACAAACUUACGAAAUUAAAAAAGACUCCGAUGAAAUUUACACUUCUGUACAGGAACUCGCCGAGGACUUGCCUGACAACACUCCUCGCUAUAUAGUCGUUUCGUAUCCAUUGAAAACGAGUGAUGGCAGAUUGAAAACUCCCUUGGUAUUGGUGUACUGGAGGCCUCGUACUUCUGGUCAGGAAAGCCGCAUGUUGUACGCUGGUGCCGUAGAAAUGAUGCGCGAUAAAGCGGGUGUCUCACAGUAA